AAGGCAGAUUAAGCCAGUCUUCUGCUCAAACCCUCCAAUGGCUUUCCAUCUCACUUAAAGUAAAAAUCAAAGUCCUUACCAUGGCCUCAGGGCUCGACACAAUGUGCCUGGUGACCCUUCUGUCCUCAUCUCUCUCUGCACUCCACAGUCUGCUCCAUCCACACUAGCUGCCUUACCAAUCCUAGAAAACCUCAGGCAUGCUCUCAUCUCAGGGCCUUAGCACUUGCUGUUCCCUUUUCCAGGACAGCACUUCUCCCAUAUUUCUACAUGGCUCACUCCCUCCUCUCCAUCUUGGUUCAAAUGUCACCUCCAUGAAGUCUUCCGUGGCUGCCUGUUUUAGGUUGCAUUCUCCAGAAGCAGAAGCUGAGACAGAGGUUGGCAUUCAAGGUAUUCAUUAGGGAUCAAUAGCUGUAAGGGAUGGAGAUGUAACAGGAUUAGACCGAUGAAGUCAACUGAAAUGCAGGCCUGACAAAGCCUCAUGCAACCCAGAAGAGAGCUCUGGAGCCAGACUUCACAGAUAGAUGACUAAGGCUAACGCUGUAAUUGUAAAGAAACAGGAGUCAUUCGUAUUAGCCAGAAUAUGGGGGUGUUUGGUCAUUUUUGUGGUUUGCACAAUGUUCAUGUUCUGGCUGUGUUUAGAUAUGCUUAUGAAGUCAUCUUGUCUAAUGUUUAUGUUCCACAGGAAUGAGCUGCAAGCACCCAGCCAGCUCCUGUGUAGUAGCAACAUCGAAGCCUGGCUGAUAGUACCAGACCAGCUGGAGUCCAGAAACUGCUUUUCUUUUUUUCAUAGCUAUGUGACCUAAAGCAAGUCAUUUAACUUCUCCGUGGUUUAGUUUUCUUAUGUCUAAAAUGAGAAUGCAAGUGCUCUUAUCUCUCCAUGUUUUAAGGUUAUCAGUGUUAAAGGAGAUAAUCCAUGUAAAGAAUUUGGGAUAAUGCCCAGUAUAUAUGUAUUUUUUCACACUAACAUCUCUGAAAUGAAGGUGUCUUCCAAAUAAUGGCUUCUUAAAAUUGAUACAAUGCAGUAUCACUAUUUUCUGAAGGCCUGGUUUGGGGGACAUGCCUCUUCCCUGCCAACUGUACAAGCCAUUCUUGGGUGAAGGACUUUACUUUGCAACCUUUGUAUAACUUUCCCCACUUCUCCGCAGGCGCCCUCUGUGGCUCUUCGCCGGCUCCUAAAUUUAGCUGCGCGGCUUCCCUAGGUAAUACGGGCGGCGGCAGCACUCGGGAGCUUACGGCGGCUCGGCACCCACGCGGCCCCCGGUGCCGAAGCGAAACCCGCGCGUCCCCGCCCGCCCCGCCGUCAGCUGAUGGGCCGCUCGCCCCAGAGGCCGCCACCGCUGCCGCCGCGCGAACAUGGCGGCCGAGAUCCACUCCAGGCCGCAGAGCAGCCGUCCGGUGCUCCUGAGCAAGAUCGAGGGGCACCAGGACGCCGUCACGGCCGCACUGCUCAUCCCCAAGGAGGACGGCGUCAUCACGGCCAGCGAGGACAGAACCAUCCGAGUAUGGCUCAAAAGAGACAGCGGACAGUACUGGCCCAGCAUUUACCACACAAUGGCCUCUCCGUGCUCUGCUAUGGCUUACCAUCAUGAUAGCAGACGGAUAUUUGUGGGCCAGGAUAACGGAGCCGUAAUGGAAUUUCAUGUUUCUGAAGAUUUUAAUAAAAUGAACUUUAUCAAGACCUACCCAGCUCAUCAGAAUCGGGUGUCUGCGAUAAUCUUCAGCCUGGCCUCAGAGUGGGUGGUCAGCACCGGCCAUGACAAGUGUGUCAGCUGGAUGUGCACCCGGAAUGGGGACAUGCUCGGGAGGCACUUCUUCACGUCCUGGGCUUCGUGUUUACAAUAUGAUUUUGAUACUCAGUAUGCUUUUGUUGGUGAUUAUUCUGGACAGAUCACCCUGCUGAAGCUUGAGCAGAACACCUGUUCAGUCAUCACAACCCUCAAAGGACAUGAAGGUAGUGUCGCCUGUCUCUGGUGGGACCCUCUUCAACGGUUACUCUUCUCAGGAGCGUCUGACAACAGCAUCAUCAUGUGGGACAUCGGAGGAAGGAAAGGCCGCACGCUUCUGCUCCAGGGCCAUCAUGACAGGGUGCAGGCGCUGUGUUACCUUCAGCUCACAAGGCAGCUCGUCUCCUGCUCCUCAGAUGGUGGGAUUGCGGUGUGGAACAUGGACGUGAGCAGAGAGGAGGCUCCUCAGUGGUUGGAAAGUGAUUCUUGUCAGAAAUGUGAGCAGCCCUUUUUCUGGAAUAUAAAGCAGAUGUGGGACACGAAGACACUGGGGCUCAGACAGCAUCACUGCAGGAAAUGCGGGCAGGCUGUCUGCGGGAAGUGCAGCAGCAAGCGCUCCAGCUACCCCGUCAUGGGCUUCGAGUUCCAAGUCCGGAUGUGCGAUUCCUGUUAUGACUCCAUCAAAGACGAGGAUCGGACUUCUCUAGCAACCUUUCAUGAAGGAAAACAUAACAUUUCCCACAUGUCCAUGGACGUUGCUAGGGGACUGAUGGUGACCUGUGGGACCGACCGUGUUGUAAAGAUAUGGGACAUGACACCUGUGGUGGGCUGCAGUCUGGCAACCGGCUUUUCCCCGCACUGAUCCGGGAGCUGGGCAAGGUCUGCACCUCCCACGGCCACCUGCACCAAAUGCAGUCUUUCCCUGGAGCGCCACAGUGACUGUCACCUGAACAGACAAGAGCCACUUAAACACAGAUCAACAUUUUUCAAAAGAAAAUGCAUAAAGGUGUGUUUCGGGGCAUUUGUGGAGCUACCUGUGGGAUUGACUGACAUGGUAAAGGUUUACCUGGAGUGGUUCCCGGAGGAAUGGAAUUCCUGCAACGAAACUUCCUCACGAACAGUGAGCUAAUAUGUACUAAAAGAUUCAUCUAGCAAAUGGAGUUUUAGAGAAAAAUAUAUUGAACAAAAAAGUUAAUGCCUAGAACUGUCUUAAAGCAGUUGCGAGUUCAAACACAUGCUUCCCCUCAGACUUGCUGGCCCAGCAGGGGCUCCUGGGCUCUCUGCUGAUGGAGCAGGAGUGGGGGGAAGGAGGACCUGUUCUCUCUUUCUUGAGGGGUGCAGUAGGAACUUAAGAACCCAGAGAUCUCUCCUUGUGUACUGGCAGGAUGUGACUAUGCUUUACACUUAGUUAUUGACAAACUUUUCCAAGAUACCUGUUGUCUUCAGUUAGCGCCGUUCUCUGCGCUUAGUAUGCAGCCUGCCUCACUUGUUCCUCCUGCUGGUCAGUAUGCCAUGGGCGACCCUUCACAUUUGUGAGUUGUGGCGUUUCUGUCCUAACUCAGGCACAUUCUUCGCUUCCCCGCACAUGUGCUCUGAGGACAAAACGUUUUAAUGGUGCUGCUACCAUGGGAGUCACACGAGCCGCCUGACUUUUUCUCGUUGCAGUUAGAACCGACUGAUGGAAAACCCAGCUCCCAGUGGGGGUGUGACGGGAAAUGUCUGUUCCAUGGAGCAGCCCAGUGCUCCUAAUAGACAUGCUCCAUUUCUAGAUCCAAGAUGAGCCCCUGUGGUAUUGUGGCAAUUUAAUAUACACCUCAGGCAAGAACUCCAAAGCGUUUUAAACUAUGUUGACUUAACAGUCGUAACUAAUAUUAUUAACAUUUCACAGAAGGAAAUUGGUAACCCAGAGCAGUAACUGUCAUUCCCAACUUGUGACUUGCUUUCAUAAGAACUUGCAAAAUCUGUUGUAUCAAAUGGUGUUUGAAAGGGUUUUGGCCACUUUAGUACCGGGAUAGGGAAGAGGUGGGGGACGGGGGGCCUACUUUUAAUACUCAAAUAUUUAUUUGUUUGAUUAUUUGUUUUUAACAAUAGUACAUGAAUCUAUUACUUUAAGACUGUGGAAGUGAGUAGAGAUCAGCCUACUUUUUUAAAGACAAACUUUAAAAUAGCAGCAGUAUUUUUGUUGGUCUUACUAAUGGAUAUUGAUGAAAACUCACCACGGCGUUACUGUGUUGAGAUCACAUCAAGACCACAUGGUCAUUCUAUAUGAUACAACUAAGGGACUAAAUCUGUUUUUUAACAACAGCUAAGAGGGACUAUAACGUUUCACAGGCAGUGAAACUAAAAUGGCCAAGUGACACACAGUGAGGGAAGGGAAGGAGGUCAGGCAUGUCCUGUGUUCGAGUGAUCUGCAUUGACAGUUGACUUGCCUUCUGAAAUAAGAACGAAGGGUUUUGUUGCUCCUCUGGUAAUCUUUGUUAUAUCACCUAAAAAGAUGUUUCCUUUAAAAACUUUUCCUAGGCUUUUUGCAAAAUGGACAUCACUCACCUAGUCUGGAGGAAAAGUUGAGUGAUGGUAACUUUUAAAUGGCAACGUUGAAUGUUAACUCGAGUUCAGUUGCUGGUCCAGCCCACACAAAGGUGCUAUCCUGGGGACUUUAUAAAGUCCUGAGAGGAAAAUAGACUAUGACCGAUUCCUUGCCACUUUGAAGAGUGCUGAACUGGGGUUUUGUUUUCCUUUUGUUCUGUGAAAUGUGCUUUUUUUUAACGUCUGUGGUCGACUGAGCAGAACAUCACAGCUGCCAAGAACUCGCCGUCGCUUUCAGACUUCUUUUUAUUUAAAAAAAUUCUUAAUGAAAAGCCCCCGUGUUCCACAGAGAUCAUAAGGUUGUUGUAGUGCCUCGUAAGGGGCUAAGCUAAUAGUAAUCAAGGAAGCAAUGUAUAGUUAAGGAAGAAUUGGAGCGUGGUAUCUGGCAAAGGAAAGGAGAAUGUCUCAGUACAGUUUUCUUUCCACCUGAGCCUAUUAUCAUUUUCCUGUUGGACAACACACAUGGCAGGCUUGUCUUGUCUCUGUCACACACUAGAUAGCAAAUGGGUAAUAUUUUUUUAAAGAAGUGGGCAAAAAUUAUUUUCUCAAUUUUACUAACUGGGCACACAAGGGAAGUAUAGCUAGGCUUGUAGUUAUUGCCUUAUUUUGACUGCAUUACCCUUAAACGGGUCAUUUAAAAUAGUUCUUCAACUAACAUUUGCUGGUUUUUCCAUUCCUGAAUCCUCAUGCUAGUUUAUACAAAUAGGGAUGAAGAAGUGCAGAAUGUUAGAUAAAAUCCUUAUGUUUAUAUUUAGAUCUAGUGUGUAUAGGAUAAGAAAUGCCAAUUCUUCAUUUUAAACAUGUUUUUACAUUGCCCUUUAUUAGUGGGAGUGAUAUAAAUACCCCAAUGGCGUUAGGUGGAAACAUCAUUCAUUUCAUUGUAAAUCUCUGUUUGCUAUGUUGUAGUUCUGUCCUGCCGCCCAGACGAUAUAAACAAAAUAUGUUGCGCUAGAAUAUGUCACUUUGUUCUCCCCCUAGAUAAUUCAGUUUAUUAAUUUCCACAUUUUUAAACUGUUGAAACUGGCCUACGUAUGUAAUAAACACAGCAGUGGCUCAGAUCCAAGAUGUUUUCUAAAAAGAGUUUUCUUUAAAUUGCAUUCUACUUCUGUUACUGGAUCUGGCGUCUCUUAAAAUGGAAGAAACCAGUUACCACUAGUGAUAAAGCAUCUGCUCAUUAUAAAUGUGAGGUUUAACCAACAAGUAACACAUGCUCCGUUUAUUCCAGUGUCUAUGGCUUAAUUGUUCAUUGGGAGCAGAUUAUUGAAUGCCUACUCCAUUUUCUGCAGUUUAUUAUACAAUAACUCUUUGGGCAAGUUGAAGUUUAUUUGAAUUAAGAGAUAAAUUUAUAUAUUAGAAUACAAUUUAAAGUGUUCUCUAUAGCCUCUUUUGACAGGGGAAAAGGGUGAUGUUGGUUAGUCUAUUUUGUCCUUGUACUAGCUAUGUUUCUAUGAGCUGUGGUACCCUGACUAUCCCAGAGAGCUAGAAAACUUUGUCCUUUGCUCCUAUUUGUGGGUCCUGUUUUUGUGGGGUUUUUUGAGAAUACGUGUACAAUAAAAUGUUUCUUGCUUGUUA